AUGGCGACGUCUAAUUUGCUAAAGAACAAAGGCUCCCUUCAGUUCGAGGAUAAAUGGGACCUGAUGCGGCCCAUAGUGUUGAAACUCCUACGGCAGGAGUCCGUCACCAAACAGCAGUGGUUCGACCUGUUCUCUGAUGUCCAUGCAGUCUGCCUGUGGGAUGACAAAGGUCCAGCUAAGAUCCACCAGGCCCUUAAAGAGGAUAUCCUAGAUUUCAUCAAACAAGCACAAGCACGGGUGUUGAGUCAUCAAGAUGACACAGCGUUGCUGAAGGCGUACAUCGCGGAGUGGAGGAAGUUCUUCACACAGUGUGACAUCCUGCCCAAACCGUUCUGCCAGCUGGAGAUCACCCUGAUGGGCAAACAGGGCAGCAACAAGAAGUCCAAUGUGGAAGACAGCAUCGUCCGCAAGCUGAUGCUCGACACAUGGAAUGAGUCCAUUUUCUCCAACAUUAAGAACCGACUACAGGACAGCGCCAUGAAGCUCGUCCAUGCCGAGAGGCUGGGAGAAGCCUUUGAUUCACAGCUGGUCAUCGGAGUACGAGAGUCAUACGUGAACCUGUGCUCCAACCCUGACGACAAGCUACAGAUCUACAGGGAUAACUUUGAGAAGGCCUACAUGGACUCUACUGAGAGGUUCUACAGAACACAGGCACCUGCCUACCUGCAGCAGAACGGGGUCCAGAACUACAUGAAAUAUGCCGAUUCAAAGCUGAGGGAAGAGGAAAAAAGAGCUCUGCGAUACCUGGAGACGAGACGUGACUGUAACUCUGUACAAGCAUUAAUGGAGUGUUGUGUCAAUGCGCUGGUCACGUCGUUCAAGGAGACCAUAUUAGCAGAGUGUCCGGGCAUGAUCAAACGAAAUGAGACAGAGAGUGAGUACGGCAGGACUGCUCCCACCAAAGGCUCAGCCAGCUCAGAGUUGCACCUGAUGUUCUCACUGAUGGACAAAGUGCCCAGUGGCAUUGAGCCCAUGCUAAAGGACCUAGAGGAGCACAUCAUGAGCGCUGGUCUGGCCGAUAUGGUGGCUUCAGCAGAGACCAUUACCUCUGACUCAGAGAAAUAUGUUGAGCAGCUGCUUACCUUGUUCAACCGCUUCAGUCGACUGGUGAAAGAGGCCUUUCAGGACGACCCACGCUUCCUCACGGCCAGAGACAAAGCAUAUAAAGCUGUUGUGAACGAUGCCACUAUAUUUAAACUAGAACUUCCUAUGAAACAAAAAGGCGUUGGCUUGAAAACCCAGCCCGAGUCCAAGUGUCCAGAGCUGCUCGCCAACUACUGUGACAUGCUCCUAAGGAAGACUCCGCUCAGUAAGAAACUAACGUCUGAGGAGAUAGAGGCCAAGCUCAAGGAAGUGCUGCUAGUGCUAAAAUAUGUCCAGAACAAAGACGUGUUCAUGCGUUACCACAAAGCCCACCUGACCCGCAGACUCAUCCUGGACAUUUCAGCAGACAGCGAGAUCGAGGAGAACAUGGUGGAAUGGCUCAGGGAAGUAGGAAUGCCAGCUGACUACGUCAACAAGUUGGCCAGGAUGUUUCAGGACAUCAAGGUGUCAGAGGACCUCAACCAGUCGUUUAAAGAAAUGCAUAAACACAACAAGCUGGCUUUACCAGCUGACUCAGUCAACAUAAAGAUCCUGAAUGCUGGAGCGUGGUCGAGGAGCAGCGAGAAGGUGUUUGUGUCUCUGCCAACCGAGCUGGAGGAUUUGAUACCAGAGGUAGAAGACUUCUACAAGAAGAACCACAGCGGCAGGAAGCUCCACUGGCAUCACCUCAUGUCCAAUGGCAUUAUAACAUUUAAGAAUGAGGUGGGCCAGUACGACCUGGAGGUGACCACCUUCCAGCUGGCUGUGUUGUUCGCCUGGAACCAGAGGCCCAGAGAGAGGAUCAGCUUUGAAAACCUCAAACUAGCCACUGAGCUUCCAGAUGCUGAGCUGCGACGCACACUCUGGUCCCUGGUGGCUUUUCCCAAACUCAAGCGGCAGGUAUUGUUGUACGACCCAGUGGUGUCGUCACCCAAAGACUUUGCAGAAGGAACACUCUUCUACGUAAACCAGGAUUUUUCUCUCAUAAAAAAUUCAAAGGUUCAGAAAAGGGGCAAGAUUAACCUGAUUGGUCGGCUGCAGCUCACCACAGAGCGAAUGAGAGAGGAGGAGAACGAGGGCAUCGUCCAGCUGAGGAUACUAAGAACACAGGAGGCCAUAAUCCAGAUCAUGAAGAUGAGGAAGCGCAUCAACAAUGCACAACUGCAGACGGAGCUGGUGGAGAUCCUAAAGAACAUGUUUUUACCACAGAAGAAGAUGAUCAAGGAGCAGAUCGAGUGGCUGAUAGAUCACAAGUACAUAAAGCGGGAUGAGACCGAUAUAAACACCUUCAUCUACAUGGCAUAGCACAGCACACUAGGACCUUCUUGUGUUGACUCUGGGUUUAGUGGAUCAGGCCUGACGGACACGAGAAUACCUACAGGCUCCCCGUCCUCUAUUUAAAAAACAAAAACAAAAAAAAAACCCAUCCAAUCUUUUGCAGGGAGGCAUGAAAAAACUGAGACCUAUUUAAAAAAAAUGUGGAACUUCCUGCCUUAAUGUUGUACAAAGAAAAAAGAAGAAUACAGACUUUGUGGUGGGAGCGUACACCAAGUGGUUGUAACUGUUUUAAGUUGGAGGGUGUUUCCUCGCUGUCCAGAUGAGGCUGCAGCGCUUCACAGUCCUUUUUUUUUUUUUCUUUUUUUUUUGUCAUCUGAACAGCUACUUUGACACUCCUGCUCAAUGCUUGUGCAAGUCUAAAGGAAUGCUGGGAGGAAAAUCCGAGGAACUUUUGGAUCUUAAAAUAUCUGCAGUCCAGUUUUAAUCCAUGUCAAACUAGGAUUAAACGCCAACCUCGAACAAAAAACACAGCCCUUCUUCACACAGAGCCAAGGGGAGGGGCCUCCGAUGCUGUCCUGACUCUCCACAGUCAUACGUAAAGUGAUCAGACACUUAAUCUGGACAUUCAAAAGUGUAAAGAGCCAGAUAUUUUACAAAAAAAAACAAAAAAAACACGCACUUCACAUUUUACAGAACUAAACCAAAACAGAGGAGAGCCAACACUCGCCAAGCCUCUAUCCCUGGGUAACAGUUAGAAUAUGUAGACAAAGUAGCACAUUGCUAUACAAUCAUUUUCUGCUGCAGAAGGUGCCCAGAGACAGUGGCCGAGGUGAGGCUGAAUCAGGAGCUCCCUCAUGUUUGCAGCAGCCAGGUUUCUUCUGCAGGUCGUCUGACAGAAGAGGCUGAGGUCAGUAUUACACAAAACAAAUACUACAAUUCAGAGCUAUAGGAGAGUGUACCGUGAGAUGUGAAUACUGAAACGACUAAAUAAACAGCACCUUAUUACAAAAA